AUGGAGUCCCUGGAGAGUGGUUCGCCACGACUGACAAACUCUAAAUAUGAAGGUUCCCCAAAGCGCCUGUAUAUGGCAGUUGCAUUUACAUGUUUAGGAACUCUUUCGUUCGGUUUCACCAUUGGUUACAGUUCUCCAGCUAUUCCAGAUCUCGAGAAAGCAGGUUUACUAGAUGGGAAAUCGCAGUCAGCAUGGUUCGGUUCUCUGUUGACAGUUGGUGCUAUAUUCGGGGGACCGUUUGCAGGGUACUGCAUAGAGAGGUUAGGACGGAAGUUUACUAUAAUCCUUUCCUCGGUAAUAUUUGCAACUGGUGGAAUGAUAAUGGCACAUGCUCACUCAAUAACCCCGUUAUUUGUCGGGCGUUUCCUAGUGGGUUGGGCCAGUGGCCAGACAACCGUUUGUGCCCCAGUUUACAUCGCAGAAAUCGCCACAAAAUCGCUCCGAGGCUUCUUAGGGUCAUGUGUGCAGCUUUCCGUCACUAUAGGGAUACUAAUGGCGUACACGUGUGGUAUGUCACUCGGUUGGAGCAAGUUAGCAAUUGUUGGAACGUUACCCGCAUUUGCUACAGUAAUAGCCAUGUUUUUCCUCCCGGAAACACCAAGAUGGCUUCUAAUGAAAAACCGUCGACAUUCUGCAUUGAAUGCAUUAGGUGUCAUCAGAGGACCACAUACUGCAGUUGAAGAGGAAUGUCGCGAUAUUGAAGAGGGGCUAGAUAGCCAAGAGUCAUUUUCAUUUGCAGAGUUUCAGAAGCCUGAACUGUUACGCCCACUUUCCAUCUCCCUCGCUAUUAUGGCAUUUCAACAGUUUAGUGGUAUCAAUGCUGUCAUGUUUUAUACAGUUUCAAUAUUCAACAAUGCUGGUUUCAAGAAGAGUGCAGAGGCAACUGUGAUCAUUGGUGCAGUUCAAGUGGUGGCCACUGCAGUUGCUUGUGUUCUGAUGGACAGAGCUGGACGUCGUAAACUACUUAUUGUGGCUGGGUCAGUGAUGGUGUUUUCCUGUGGCCUAUUCGGCCUGUACUUUAUGGUUCCUUCCCAAAAUAUGAGCUGGCUUGCAAUAACAAGUUUAGUGAUAUACAUUAUUGGAUUUUCGCUUGGUUGGGGUCCCAUACCUAUGUUGGUGAUGUCUGAAAUAUUUCCAGCCAGAGCUCGUGGCACUGCAAGUGGUCUGGCAGCCUUCACCAGCUGGUUCACUGCCUUUAUCAUAACAAAGGAAUUCACAUUCCUCAAUGAUGUGUUUGGCCAAGCUGGAACUUUUUGGAUCUUUGGUGCCUGUUGUUUGUUUGCUGUGAUGUUUGUUAAUAAGCACUUGCCAGAAACUAAAGGAAAGUCCUUAGAAGACAUUGAGCUUUAUUUCCUUGGGAGAAGUAUGAUUCGCUGAGAUAGAUGGAAUGGUUUUAGAGGAAAGAAUAUUUAAGAUCUCUUUUGAUGAGAUCAAUAAUACUACUAAAAUCUUCUGACUGUUUGCUUAAGCUUGGAAAUUACAGGCUGAAAAUAAGAGAUGUAUUACAUUUUACGUUUAAAUAUUUCAUACCCAUAUUUUUUGUGCUUUUUUGAUGAAUUAAGAUAUGAUCUGUUUGUAAAGAUUUCAAGUAGAAAUUAAUUUUUCCCCACAUAUACUUCACUGCUGAAUUUUUCUAAGUACGUGUUCAUUUUACCCCACAAUUUCUUCUGUGUUGUGAAUUUUUUCAGGUACAGGUUAAUUUUGUCCAAACACCUUUUUCAUUGACACUUUUAUUAAUAUAUUUUAAGGUAGUUGCUAAAAUGGAUUUUAUUUCUCAAUACCUUGCAUCCAUACUGACAUUAAAUUAAUGCAUUGUAUAGAGCAGCAAAUUUAAGCAAUUACAAACCAAAAUUUUACGGUAUUGUCAUCAGGGCAGUAUAGAUUUUUUAGAUCAACCUAGGCUUCACCAUAUUUUCUACCUACCAAGUAGUUUCAAAUUUGGGAAAUGUAGAAGUUAAGAGUACAUUUCACCUUAUUUGUCUCAGUUUAAAUUUACCUUCAGUUAAGUGGUAGCGUUUAUGGUGAGAGCAAGAGGUCACUAAUUUGAGUCCCAGCAAGAUUCAGGACAUUUUUAUUAUUCCUCCUUCCUUUUACAUAUAUGUUUUUACUGUUGACAACUCCAAGAGUAGAAGCUAUUGGGAAAUGAGAUGAUUACUAGGAGAUAAAGAACCAAAGGUUGUGGUUGUGGAUGAGGAAUAUUGUUUAAGUUUAGAAUAAAAAUACCUCACUAAUCUUAGCACUCUUGGCUAGUUGUAAAUUUUCUUCAAUCUUAAAUCCACCUUCGGAGCCAAAGCUUUCUAGCUAGAUCAAACAUCAGUGGGCAGAACAUUUUUAACGAUACUUUCCUUCUUAUUUGAUGUUUUACAUUGUUCAGUGGCUCUGAAGUAGAAUUAAGAUUCAAAGAAUAAAAAGAAGGACAACAAUCUAACAUUGAAUCUCCAUUGUAAUAUCUCAAAGAUAUGAUCAGAAUACUAAAACGUCAUGUGCACUUAAGUCAUUUCAAUCUGAUUAAAAUAGUAUCUGAUCUACAUUCAUGUUUCAUUAAAUAAACUUAGUCAAAGACAAGGAAGAGUUUAUGGAAUGGGAAGACAAAUUCGUAAGAUUUCAAAAGAUUGAAGAAUCUUGAUUCUUCUUUUCUCUCACCUGAAGGUGUUUUUUUCUAUUAAAGUGGAAUAUUUCUCAAAAUUGGCAAUGAACAGACAUUUAGUUUGAAAUAAGUGUAAACUACCAAAAUUAUUGUGAUUCUGGGACUCAGAAAUGUAACAUGACUUGCUGAUAUGUAAUUAGUGUUGUAUACUGUGUAAUAUACACUGUAAUAUUACCUGUUAGGGUAAUUGUAAAUUGUGGACAGUGUAAUACAAUGUAACCUGUACAUUGUAAACAGUGUAACAAUACAGGAACACAUUGUGUUUCAGUUUAAACAUUGUAAGACAGUGUAAAUAUUGUUGUGCAAAGUAAUAAGUUUUGUACUUAUAUUUCUUUACAUUGUUUACAAUAUCCACUGUAAACAUGUGCAGUGUCAACACCAGUAACACAUGAGAUACAGUAUAAGACAAAGUAGUCCAAGUUUGAUGUACUGUAAUAUACAAAGAGAAUAUAUGGUCAGUGUCUUAAAAUACAAGCUAUAUGUUGGCAAGGGUGAAGGCCGUGAUAAACUUGUUUGUAUAAAUUGCCUGUAUAUGAUUUGUGUGUUCAGUUAAGAUGACUUUCCCAACACUGUUUCUUACAUCGUUUUAAAAUAGUGAUAAUCUUGGUGACAUAGUGCUGAUCCUAUGCAUCUCUUGAGAUCUGAAUCCUGGUAUAUUUAUUACUAGAUAUUGUCCUGCACAUGUAACAGAUUUUGUUUACAAGUUCAUAAUCUUUGUGCCGAAUUGGCUAUUGACUAGUAACUCAUUUUCAUUCUAUGUCUUUUUACCUAAUGCCAAGAAAUAUUUAAAUACUCAUAAUUGGGAUUGUAAUUUUUGGUGGAGGCAACAUGUCUUUGUACAAAUUCCUUACCUUGUGUUCUAGAUGUGAUUUAUAUGUCUUUAUAGAUGAAGUUGCACUUUUGACCCUUGAUAAACUGCUGGGAAUUCAGCCUUUUCUUGUCCAUAAAUCUGAUAUCAUAAAGACAUAUCUUAUGAAAUGAUGAUGACUGUAGCGAAGAUAUCAUUAGCCUUUAGUCUCAUGGGGAGAAGUGAUGACCAACAUUCUUCAGUGCAGACUGCAGUUCUCCUACUCCUUGCGUAAAAGUCAUUCAUCAGAUUUUUCUUUUAUCAAGAUCCAAGUGUGAGUUCACGUCUUCUUCAUUCUGUAUUUUUUAUAGCUUCUGUUUAGCUCAUCUAUUAAAAAAAUAGAGGGGCUAAUUUAGUGAUCCAGGUGUUGGCAUUGUCCAGCCUUAUCAAGUGUUUUAAGUUCUUGAUCACUAAGGUUGGGAGAAACUUUUACUUUAAAGUGUUUUUUUUUUUCAAGCAGUACCGGGUAACAUAUGUCAAUGGGCAGUUAAAUAUUAAAUAGUUCCAUCAUCAAUAGAAAUUAUCAGCAAUAUCCUUAACAUUAUUUUCAUAUUUAUGGGCACAAAAAUGGUAAAUUUACAUGACAUAGAACCAAUGGCAUGUUCUCAAGCAGCUCUCGUUGAAUAUAGAUUAUCAUUAUCCACAGGUCAUUUAUGGCAGUACAUUUUCCAGUAAAAAUGCAAUAUUGAGUGUUAGAUUUCAAAUGUUUUUCCCUUUUUUGUGAUGACUAACUUUUAGUCCCUAACCCAGUCUCAGUUCUCUUGUGGGUGUAAAGAGGAACAGUUGCCAGGAAAAAUUGGUUUACUUUAUAAAUCAUGAAGAACACUGCUGUUGACAUUGCUUAUAUUUUUAUACAAUAUCUAUCAGAUAUACCAAACCUCAAAAAAAAUUAUAUCACAAAGGGACAUAACUCUAUUACAUAAAAAAAGGAAUUGAUAUACGAUAUCCAUGACAAACCAAAUCUCAAAUGAUAUAUUGGCAAAAGUGAUUUUUGUUGUUACAACAACUCAACAGUGUAAUUAUAUGAUUGAAUAUGUUAUUGUUCUACCUCUUGUAUAUGUUUAGUGGAAUAUUCUUCACAAAUUUUAGCUAUUUUGUUCCCAAAUGGAAAUCUUCCUAAUGACAUAACUAUUGUCAGCAUUAAAACAUCUUUACUAAGGUCAGUUUACACAGGUGAAAUUUCUAGAGAAUUUCAUGCAAAAUAUAAGGUAAUACAAAGGUCUGUACACUGUUCACUUAACAUUUCUGCUGGAAUUGGAAUUCCAUGGAUUGGUUUGACUUAUUUCUUGUCAAUAUGAAAAUAUAUUCUAAAAUUUGGACAGAGGCUAGUGACAAGCAAACCUGUUGUGGCUCAAUCAUGGUCAAGUUAAUGUUUAUAAAUCAAUCUAUUGAUUUAUGUAAAUUCAAAACAUUUUGUAUGUUUUUAUAGUGAAUCAAGG